AUGGAUCCCGCCAUGCUCGAAACUCUAACCGCAGACGAUCUCGCUCCGCCAACCCCGCCCCCUUCCUACGAAGAAUCCGCGUCUGGCCCAGCAUCGCGCGUAGCCUCGGGUCCCAAAACAUUCAAUCUUAAAAUCGAUAGAACUGCUAUUAACACUGUUGGCUAUUCCUCUGCUAACGAAACGAGUCUUACUUAUCGACUAUCCCAUGAGCUAGACACUGGCCACAGUACUAUCGCAAUAUCCCGUUUCGCCCCCUUCACUAACUCACCAGAGUUCACCGGCAGACGGGAGAAGCACAUCUACUCUUUCACCCAAUCUUUAUUCUCCACAACCGUCGAAAUCAUCGGGAAGCGUCGCAGCACACUCCCUGGGACCCUAUAUCUCCGGCUGAAUCAUUCGUUCCUGAAACAGAGUUGGGAAGUAUGCCAUCGUCCUCCCACAAGCGAUCGGAGCACACUGCUGUUCCGUACCCGGCCCACCAGAAAUCCGCACAAGGUGGAUAAACUUCAGUGGGAAGAUGCGGAGAGACAGCUUGUUGCCGUGGAGACGCAAUGGUGUGCGAAUGAAGGAUCAAAGCCUGGCCUACAUGUGGUGAAGAACUUGGGGGACAAGUUGGUGGAUGUGCUGGUUACUGGAUGGUGCGCGAAGAUUUGGAACGGGUGGCAGAUGUCGAUUGCGGAAGCGAGAGAAAAGGAAUUGGAUUCUUUUCGUCGAAAAAUGGCAUAUGGAGGCCAGAUGUUUUCUAUCCGUGAUUCGAAUCCCGGGACCAGCCUUUGGUCCCUCUGAUAAAAGCAGAGAUAUCCAGUAUCUACGUUAUUCUUGUUGCAUCUAGUGGGGUUAGCAUUCACAAAGAAAAGCCAACUGCUUGUGUACAAAAGUUGGACUGUGAGGUGAAAAUGAUGUUCAAAAGAGAUCAUUUAUGUUUUAGGAACACUUUUGUAUAUGAAUGAACGCAUUCGAUAU